AUGGAUGAGAGAACAAUUCAGACAGAUGCAACGAUGACCAUCGGCCGCUAUAUGGCCGCUCGGUUCACCACCUUGAAACCCCCGAUGGACAAGGUCAUCAACCCUAUUACAGCCCUGCGCAUGCUGACAGCCUCCCAGUGGGCGUGUUUCCUGUGUGCCUGGUCGGCCUGGACUAUGGAAUCGCUGGAUUUCUUUUGUGUUAGUCUUCUCGUGCCCGAACUGGCAGUAGAGUUCAACCAGUCCAGCUCCAAAAUCACCUGGGGCAUCACGCUGGUGCUCAUGUUCCGCUCCGCAGGCGCGGUCAUCUUUGGCGUCUGGUCGGACCGGUUCGGACGUAAAUGGCCAUUUGUGACCAACUGCGGUUUGUUUAUUGUGCUAGAGCUGGCCACUGGCUUCUGCAACACAUAUGCUGAGUUUCUGGCUUGUCGGGCAUUGUUUGGCGUCGCCAUGGGUGGCCUAUACGGAAACGCUGUGGCAUCGGCUCUCGAGGACGUGCCGGAUGAGGCUCGUGGAGUCUUGUCUGGCUUCUUCCAGGCGGGAUACCCCGUGGGGUAUUUGCUCACAACGGCCUUUGCGCGUGCCCUGGUCAGCACGACCACGUCGGGCUGGCGAUCUUUAUUCUGGUUCAGUGCUGGCCCUCCCGUGCUGCUGAUCAUCUGGCGGUUGUGGUUACCGGAGACUCAGACCUUUCGUCAACGAGAAAUGGUGAGCCCGCGCGGUGGUGGCUUCACCAGAGACUUAGUCUCGGCCAAGGAUCACUGGCUAAUGCUCAUCUACAUGGUCCUGCUCAUGGCCGGAUUUAACUAUAUGGCCCAUGGAUCUCAAGACUUCUACCCGACGAUGCUCAUCGACCAAUUCGGCUUUAGUGACAACGCCAUGACCAUCACUGAAGUGGUUGCAAAUAUCGGCGCGGCAUCCGGCGGCAUUUGCAUCGGCUACCUGUCCGAGAUAUUCGGUCGUCGGCUUACCAUCAUGGUGUCGUGCGUCUGCGCCGGAGCCUUAUUAUAUCCCUACACGUUCGUUACCGGACUGCAAGUCGCAGCCGUCGCCUUUUUUGUCCAGUUCUUCGUUCAGGGCGCGUUCGGCGUCAUUCCCACACAUCUAAUGGAGUUGUCACCGCCAGGCAUCCGCACACUGGUUGUCGGGGCGGCAUAUCAGCUUGGGAAUCUCGCGUCCAGCCCCGCGGCAACCAUCCAGUCGUCCGUGGGAGAGAGAUAUUUUCCACUUGCGUCCACAACGGCCGGUGUUAAGCGAUACAACUACGCUCUUGUCAUCUGUGUGUUCCUCGGUGCUUGUGUGGCCUUCGUGAUCAUCGUGACGUUCUUGGGACCUGAGAAAAAAGGCCGUCAGUUUGGCCUGACAGAGGUGGAUAUGGAAGCGCAGAACCAAAUGGACGAGAAGUCGAUAGCCGAACACUUGGAUUAA